CUUGAAUACAACUGCAGACUGCAGCCCUGUUUGACCACACAGUACAUCAAGAGAGCUGUAGCCCAGUGUCAGCAUACCUUUUAUGAUCGGGAUCCCAGUGUACAAUGUGCCAACACACGGACCCCAAGGAUAACGUUCUCUGCCCGACUAUUCGAGGGAGUUUCUUGUAAACCCACCAGAUUGGCUUUGGACGUCUAUGCAUUGUUCACGAAUGUGUAAGUUGUGCACAUUUUAUUCUCCUUCACAUUUAGUUAUGUUUACUCCCGAGGGCUUUUUUGAUAUAUCGAAAUGCUUCUUCUACCCUGCAGUCUCCCUUUUUCUUUUCUCUCCGUCCCCCCUGCUCCCUUUUCUUCUGCAUUUCCACGACACCAACACACUCUUCUCGAUGAUUUUGGAGGACUCGUCAACAGCCGGUGCCGAUAUGGCCAAGGCAGACCCAGAAAUGCAGCAGCGGUUCUCCAAUAUACCUGACACCGAAGCGAGUUGGCGGAUCUUCUUGACCAGAGAGACCCCGACCACCCGUACCCUCGAGCAUUCUUGGGCGGGCAGCGGGACGACAGACGACCCCUUUCUCGUCGAGUUCCUCCCCCACGACGUGCGGAACCCAAAACAUUUCACUCGUGUACAGAAGUGGACCUUUUGCACCAUACAAGCCGUCGCCUGCCUGUCGAUCGCCAUGGCCAGCUCGGCGUACUCGGGAGGGAUCAAGCAGGUCAUCGAACAUUUCCACUGCGACCAAGAGGUGGCGACCUUGGGGCUGGCCCUGUUCGUGCUGGGUUACGCCUUGGGCCCUCUGCUGUGGGCUCCUCUCUCGGAGCUUUACGGUCGCCAGGUUGUCUUCUUCAUCACCUUCGGCGCCCUCACGGCGUUCAACGUCGGUACGGCGGUUGCACAAAACAUCGAGACCUUGUUGGUCCUUCGGUUCUUGGGAGGGACAUUCGGAUCUUCCCCCUUUACCAACGCCGGUGGGGUGAUAUCGGACCUGUUCGACUCGAACGAACGUGGUCUCGUUUCCACCCUCUUCGCCGCCGCCCCUUCGUUGGGACCGGCGCUGGGCCCCAUCAUCGGUGGCUUCAUGGGGAUGACGGUCGGUUGGAGGUGGAUCAUGGGCCUCCUGGCCAUCAUGUCCGGUGUCCUGUGGUUGAUGGGCUCCUUUUUGGUUCCCGAAACCUACGCUCCGGUGUUGCUCCAACACCGGGCCGCCAUCCUGUCCAAGCACACCGGCAAGGUCUACAUCAGCGCGCUCGACAAGGACAAUAAAAAGACCCCCGGCCAGCUCCUCAAGGUCACCCUCCUCCGUCCGUGGCAACUGCUCUUCCGGGAACCCAUCUGCCUCCUGUCGUCCAUCUACAUCGCCAUCGUCUACGGCAUUCUCUACCUGAGCUUCGGCGCUUUCCCCAUCGUCUUCGAGGGCCACCGUGGCUGGAACCAGGGCGUGUCUGGGCUCGCAUUCUUGGGAGUGGCGGUGGGCAUGUUCUCUGCCUUGUGCUACUACAUCUGGGACGACAACCACCGUUUCAUCCGCCUGUGUCGUGCUUCCCCGGGCGGGAUCGCACCUCCCGAGGCGCGAUUACCGCCGACCCUGGUGGCCUCGGUCGCGCUGCCGAUAGGCCUCUUUUGGUUCGCCUGGACAAACUACCCCAGCAUUCACUGGAUCGUGCCCAUCAUGGCCACGGUCCCGUUCGGGUUCGGCCUGCUCCUGUUGUUUCUCAGCCUGAUCAAUUACCUCAUCGACUGCUACCUCAUAUAUGCGGCGUCGGUGCUCGCGGCCAAUUCGGUUCUUCGGUCCCUCCUGGGCUUCGCCUUUCCUCUCUUCACCCGUCAGAUGUUUCAAAAUCUGGGUAUACAUUGGGGAAGUACAAUACCGGCGGCCCUGGCUGCUGUAUGCGUCCCUUUCCCGUUUCUCUUCUAUAAAUACGGCGAAAAGAUCCGCUUGAACUGCAAGUACGCGGCCGAGGCGGCCGAAUUCGCAGAAAGGAUGAAAAAGGCACAAAUGGGUGCGAGCGAGGUGUCGAUAGACACUCCUCCUGCUGCCGAAGGUGGAGAAAAGGCCGAUGGAAGAAGCCUGGACGAAGGCGAAAUCGCGAUUUCCCAGACGGGACGCGAUUAAUCUAGCACACCCCCAUGUCUAAUUGCAAUCGUCCUCAUCAUACCACCUUGGCACAAGAGAGACAGCUUCGACGAGGUGAUUUUGCUUUCUAUGGUACAUGGCAUAUCGCAUUUUCUUCUUGUAAAUCUUGCAGAGGCCUGACUUGUUCAGUGUUCAGGGGCCCCAUAUUUGGGGCCAACAAGGAGGGUGGAUUGAUUUCAAUAAUUCUUGUCGUUGGGACUUUCAAAAAGACUUCUUCAGAUAGACGUGAGAUGCCAAUGAAUUGAACUUGGCCUGAAAAAUGGAAGACGAUCAUUGCUUGUUAGAAAAGGUGAUUAGGAAAAUCAUCCAACUCUGUAUCUUUUUCUACGGUACAGGAUACUUUGAUGAUGCUACAUCCAUUAUCGACAAGCCGCUCACCUAGUAGACAUUACACGCUCAGGGAUUCUUAUUAGCC